CUCAAACCCCUUCUUGGCACCAUAGCAACCGCCAGAUCCUCUGGAGCCCGCGCAUCUCGCGUCGUCAUGGACACAGUUGUCACGGUGACACUGGGGGAGGCGAGCGGACCGGUUCCGCCCUCCGCUGCAGCCGCCCGGCGGCCGUUGCAGGGAGCGCGCGGCCGGCCACCAUAAGGGCUGAGCAGAGCUGCCUCCAGCCCGGUUCUUCCCUCCUUCCGUGCUUCCUGCCGCCUCGGUCCCCGGUGCUCGGAGUGCCGCCUCUUCCCACGUAGCCGAGCCACGGGCCUCGCGUGACCCUCAGCCCGCCGGCGUGCCCGGGAGAGGUGGGAGGAGCUGCCACGCCCCGCGACCGCACCCAGCCGUCUCCUGCCCGGAGCCAGCCGCCCUGAGCCCACCUUACUCCCUCUCUUUAAGCGUUGACGCCAGGCAAAGCUGCAGCCAGUUUACCCCUGCCUGGACUUAAGGGGGCGACAUUCGAGUGAUAAGCCGAGUGUCCCGUGGCUCUGACUAGGGACCCGGAAGGGACGAGACGGAACUCUGUUGUCUUUUGGUAAUUGUGGUUGCUUGAAGCUUGUCGCCCCCUGGCCUACCGGGGGAGGAGAGCAUGUUGUAUUGUCUUAGGCCCUACAGCACCGUGAGCCAGUCCAAGGAGUCUCUGUGGACCUGGCACUCUUAAUAGUUGGGCGAAAUGGCUAUGACACUAUUGGAAGACUGGUGCAGGGGAAUGGAUGUGAACUCUCAGAGAGCUCUGUUGGUCUGGGGGAUCCCUGUGAACUGUGAUGAGACCGAAAUCGAAGAGACCCUCCAAGCUGCGAUGCCCCAGGUAUCCUAUCGAGUACUGGGAAGAAUGUUCUGGAGGGAAGAAAAUGCCAAAGCAGCCUUGUUAGAGCUCACUGGGGCCGUGGACUACUCCCUGAUCCCCAGGGAGAUGCCAGGAAAAGGAGGGCUCUGGAAAGUGGUGUUUAAGCCCCCCACUUCCGACGCGGAGUUUUUGGAAAGGCUUCAUCUCUUUCUAGCUAGGGAAGGGUGGACCGUGCAAGAUGUUGCCCGUGUGCUUGGGUUUCAGAACCCUGCUCCAGCUCCAGGCCCGGAAAUGCCAGCAGAGAUGCUCAACUAUGUUUUGGAUAAUGUUAUUCAACCUCUUGUUGAGUCCAUAUGGUAUAAAAAACUGACGGUGUUCUCCGGGAGGGACAUUCCCGGGCCUGGCGAGGAAACCUUUGAUUCCUGGUUGGAGCACUCAAAUGAAAUCAUAGAGGAAUGGCAGGUGUCGGAUAUAGAAAAGAGACGGCGGUUGAUGGAGAGUUUGAGAGGCCCCGCUGCUGACGUCAUUCGCAUCCUCAAGACCAACAACCCCGCCAUAACCACCGCAGAAUGCCUGAAGGCUCUUGAGCAGGUGUUUGGGAGUGUUGAGAGCUCUAGAGAUGCACAGGUCAGAUUUCUGAACACUUACCAAAACCCAGGAGAAAAGUUAUCUUCUUAUGUUAUCCGUCUGGAGCCUCUGCUGCAAAAGGUAGUGGACAAGGGGGCCAUUGAUAAAGAUAAUGUGAACCAGGCUCGCCUGGAACAGGUCAUCGCUGGGGCCAACCACAGUGGGGCCCUCCGAAGGCAGUUGUGGCUGGCCGGGGCUGCAGAAGGGCCUGCACCCAACCUCUUCCAGUUACUGGUGCAGAUUCGAGAAGAGGAAGCCAAAGAGGAGGAGGAGGAGGCAGAGGCCGCCCUCUUGCAGCUAGGCCUGGAGGGACACUUCUGAGUCCCAGGACUGGCCAGGCUGCUUUUGAUAUCCCCGUGAAGUUUUAGUAAGCCUGCCACUCAAAGUAAACAUCCAGGCUCCAGGGUUGGUUUUGUUUUCUGAGGGAUGGGAAGUCAGGCCUGAUUCCUGUAACAUUCACAGAAUUGUGUAAUUGGCAGGAGCUGCAGCGGUAAAGGCGGUUCACACUGCCGAAAGCCAAUGCUUGAUACCAGUCCUCCUGGUGACAUCUCUGACAGCUGUGAAGAAACGUGAAGCUGCGACACUUCCCGUCAAGAUGGUUUCGAAGCUUCGAGUUCUGAUGCUAAGUGCCUGCCUGGUUCACAGGCUGGACAGUCCAAACUCUUGCAUUUGUUACUAACACUGCAGAGUUUUACUGUAAAUUGUUCCUGAUUUGUACCGAUGCAAAGAAUGUGAUUCUGUUAGAUGAUAGUGCUCAUCUUGAAAAUGCGGAUUUCUAAUUCCUCACGGCUCAACACUGGAAUCAGUUUCCAUGACAAGAAUCCUCAAACUAAACGUGGCCUGUUAGCUUUUAUAGAGCUACACAAUCAAUUCUUCACAGUGGAAGAUAGACAUAAGUCCUAGGGGGAGUGGCCACGGACAAGCUACAUGUCCCCUACUUCAAAGAUUGGUCAUUUAAUUACUAGUCAUGUUGAUGCUAAGGGUUCUAAGUCUGAAGUUAUUGAAUAGAUGUAUACAAAUAAAAAUUUGAAAUUUC